CCUUCGUAGAGGGAACUUUGGGAUUUCCGAGGAUACUUUCCUUUUCUCAAACAAGAGAGGCAACCUCAAUUUAGUUGUAUUUCCCUUAAAUAGUAUUUAAUUUGAAUUCUUCAAGUGCUGCUUCUUUUCUCCCACGUUAUUCUUGAAUAAAGGCAUUUUUCUUCUGGACGCUAGAAAACACGGCAAGCGAAGCUGGAUUGAGGGUCAUCAUGUUGAUGCUGUCCAGUCGUGCUACCAAUCCUAGACUUGUGAUUGCUGGGGUACCAAAUCAGCUCUUCCUCUCUGUCGGCCAUAAAAACAUCUACAAGCCACUGAGAUCACAGAUGAAACCCAUACUUCAUUCACUCUGAUCAUAUCCAUCAACUUCAUUACCUGCCAGUCGACAGCCAUGUGCUGAUUCAAAUAACUGUGUCAAUAAUAGCUUCUCAGCACACCUUUGACCUUUUCCAGUUUCCUGCUGCUGCUGUCCACACAGUGUGCUCUAUACACAUUGGUCCUAUGGCCCACCCUUAUGAGCCAUGGUUUCGGCCAGCCCCCCCUGGGGGCAGCAGUGAAGACAUGAACAUGCCAUCCUGGUGGGACCUUCAUGCAGGUACAGGGAGCUGGAUGGACCUACAAGGAGGUGCAGGGGGACUGCAGGCCAUGGGGCAGGGGGGUGCAAUGGGGCUGCAGUCUGCUCUGGGACCUUACACCUCAGAGUCCCAACUGUGCAGCCCACCCCCAUCCCAAAUGGCCCAAGCGUCACACCCUGUGCAGCUCUUCCCACAGGACGGCUACAAGAUGGACCCAGUGGGACCAGAGCUGCAGCAGCCACUCUCUGCAGAGGAAUCCCUGGAUAGCCCUGCUGCCACUCGACCAAAGGCACAACGUCGCUCCACGUCCAGGGGCUCAGGCCAGGCUGUUUGCCGAUGCCCCAACUGUGUAGAUGCAGAGCGGCUGGGGCAUUGUGCUGAAGGCAGCAAAAAGAAACACCUGCACAACUGCCAUAUUCCUGGCUGUGGCAAAGCCUAUGCCAAGACUUCCCACUUAAAGGCCCACCUUCGUUGGCAUAGUGGUGACCGACCCUUUGUUUGCAACUGGCUGUUCUGUGGCAAGCGCUUCACCCGCUCUGAUGAGUUGCAGCGCCACCUGCAAACACAUACUGGGUCAAAAAAGUUCAACUGCUCUACGUGCAACAGAGUCUUUAUGCGUAGUGACCACCUGGCAAAACACAUGCGUACCCAUGAGACAGUUCGGGGAGAGGAGGAGGAAAGGGAAGGUGGAGCAGGCAGGGUAGGGAAGUACUAUGACACCCCCCAGGCCCUGCCUCCCAACACUGCUGCUCCCAGCACCAUCGAGGCCCCCAUCAAGCCCAAAUGUGAGCCAGAGCCUACACUGAGUGGGCAGCCCAACUGAGGGCAUCCAUUCUGCAGUAUGUCCCAAAACAGAAAUACAGAUUACUGCAGG